AUGUUAAAUUAAAUAAAAGACAAACCACUUUCAUAAUUAAUAGCUGAAUUAUAACAAAAGUAUUAAGAGGAUAAUGACUAAUCAAAUAUAUUUCAAAAAAUUUAUUAGAAACAAUAGGAACAAGAGAGUUCAACAGAUUCAUCUCACUUUUUACCUGCCUUGCUUUCAGGUUCUACUGGUUCAUAAUUAUCAAACUCUCAAGUAGACAAUUAAGAAUAAGUUUGUUCAAAGGUUCAUAAGAAUAUCAAAAAAGAAAAAAAAAAUAAAAAGAUAGGAAAAGUGUCUUAAGAUGAAAAAUAAGAAUUUUCUUAAAAUAAUGAUAAAAAAGCAAUGCAAAUGAUUAGAAAUAGAAUAUCAGCUUAGAAUUCUAGAGAUAGAAAGAAAGCAUAUUUACAAAAAUUAGAAGAAGACUUUGUUAAAUAAUCAACUUAAUUAUCUGAAAUGCAUGAAUAAGUCAUUCAUUUAUAAUAAUAAUUAGAAGAAGUUCAUAAAAUUAAUUAGCAAUUAUAAUAAUAAUACACUUUUUUAACAUGUUUAAAUUGUGGUAGUAAACAUUUUGGAUAUGAUGAUGAUAAUCCUAUUUCAGUUUCUAAAAACAAAAGUCUUGGAAAAUUAGGACUUUCAUUUUUAUUUAUUAUUGCAAUUAUAGGAUUUAUUACAAUUGAUUUUAAUCCUUAAACAUAAAAAUUAAAUACUAUUAAAUUAAAUGAACAAUUAGGACAUUAAAUUCGAAAUCUAAAUGCAAGUGAUGAUCAAUUUGAAUUAUUUGAUCAUGUUUCAUAAAGUAGAAUUAGAGGUAUGACUGAAAUUAUGGAAUACAAUUCAGAAUAUAAUUAUAAAUUUUUUGAUACUACAUAUAGGGCUAUUUUACAUAGUGAAGACAGUCUAGUUAAUGGAUUGAUUAAUUUUAAUAAAGAAAGAGCUAAAAAUAACAAUGGUAAAGCAUUGGCUCCACUUAAUUAUCAUCAACAAUAAGUUGACUCUCUCUUUUGUCCUUCAAUUUAUAAAUAUGAAAAUUAAACUUAAGGGUAUAAAUUAUAUUAAUAUUUUUAUUAGAAUUCGAGUACAUUAUCAAGAUAAUUAAUGGUUACAUUUGAUUAUUCCAAAAAAUAAAGUUAAUAUUUUUUAUUAAGCAACUGAUAAUUCUAUUGUAUUGAAAGAAAGUUUUGCUGAUCAAAAAACGAAACAUAGACAAGUAUAUUAAGAAAUUUGGUGCUAAAUAAAGAGUGUAAAUGAUUUCUAUAUUUGA